AUGGCACCCUUUCACCCCGUGACCGACUCUACUCAGGUCUUCAAGCAGAAUAUCUUCGAUGGCAAGGUGCUGUUCUGCACUGGAGGAGGUUCAGGCAUCUGUCGCGCAAUGACGGAGGCUGUGAUGCGUCACGGUGCAAGUGCGACCAUAGUUGGCAGAAACCUGGAACGCCUCACUCAAGCCUCGAAGGAGUUGUCCGACGCUACUGGUAGAGCAUGCCUUCCAGCUCAAGCCGACGUUAGACAACCAAAGCAGCUGCAAGAAGCUGUCAGGAAGACGAUCGAAAGGUUCGGAAGAAUUGAUUAUGUUAUUUGCGGCGCAGCCGGGAACUUUCUCGCGCCUAUCUCAGGUUUAUCUGAGAACGCCUUCAGGACUGUGAUAGAGAUCGACACACUCGGAACGUAUCACACAAUCAAGGCUACCUUGCCUCACGUGAGGUCAUCCAAGGGCUCUUACAUUCAUGUCAGCGCCACUCUCCAUUACCGCGCUACACCCUACCAGGUCCACGUGUCCGCAGCAAAGGCGGCAGUAGAUGCAACGUCUGCUGUACUUGCUGUCGAAGAAGGCCCUCAUGGAAUCCGUUCCAAUGUCAUUGCCCCUGGUCCUAUCGGUGGCACGGAGGGCAUGGAUCGCCUUUCUGCCAAAGGGUCGGGAUCUCAAGAAGCUCACGCGGCGUCGAUGGUGCCCACAGGUCGCAUGGGAGACGUCAAAGACUGUGCUAAUGCAGCAGUAUUUCUGUUCAGCGAUGCAGCUAGCUUUAUAAACGGACAGAUCAUCGUCGUCGACGGUGGCUCUGAGCAUGUAAGGUCUCUGACGCUGCCUUAUCCUCAGAGUGUUCUGGAUCCUGCUUCCAUCAGGGACUCUAUCAAACCUCGUCUUUGA